AUAUGGAGGAGGAAGCUGUGGCAAGGAUGACUGGGGUGUGCGUGGGAUGAUUAAAUCACAGUCACGGGCAGUCAUUAAUUGACUGAAUUUACUGAGUGUGUCGCCAUCUAGUGGUAAAAUGUGGGUACUUUUGUUUGUGGAGAGGAGGAGAAGGAGGAGGUAACAUUAUUAAACCUACCAUUCCAUUUGCACCUGACACAGCUCCUGGAGGUGGACUGUGUGUUAGAACAGAGGACGUGUGGAGUGUUGUGUUCCUGGUGUGUUUGUGGGCCGCUGACGGAGGCUGAUCAGGGAGAACACAGUGACAGGUGGAGGCCGCCGAUGCUGCUGCUGCUGCUGCUGGGACUACAGUGACAGCUGCAACAGGUAGAGUCGCUUUAACAUUCCUCAGCGUGGCGAACGACAAGACGCUGGUUCCUGGAUGAAGUACGGAAGUCACACAGCCUUUAGUCAAGAGCCAUCAUGGAUUUCAGGAAUAUAACCAGCGACUGAAAGCUUUGUUUUUCCUCCACUGUCUGUCUGAGAAGAGUAUUCUGUAAAUAUACACAGCACCCACCAUGCCUGGCCACAAGAGACAGCCCAGUAUUGAACUCCUGGAGUUAAUGGGUGUUGUGCGAGAAAAUGGCACUGAUCCCUCUUCACUGCCCCCAGUGCAAACUCCAUUAUCAUACGAUUAUGUACUGGUGGCUAAAACAAGCGAAAACCAAGAGAGAUCAGUUUACAAGAAGCAAAUAGAAUAUAUUGAAGAGCUGAAAAAGAAGAACAUGAAGGUCACAAAAAUAAUAGAUGACGAACUGGUCUUCUAUGGGAUUCAAGCACCAAAAGAAAUAUUUGAGAAGUACAGGUAUCUGCUCAAAGUGUCGGAUGCUUGUAACUGGAGCUCAGAUCAGAACGUCGUGCCUCUCAGCACCAGGAUAAGGAUCGUCCACUUUAUUUUGAAUCACACUCAAAUCCAUACAGGAGAGGGCCUGCGAGAUCUAAUGAAGAUGAAGGUUUUCGAAGCGAGGUUUUGCUUACAUGAGAAAAGGAAACAGAAAGAGUUGAAGGAGAGCUGGGCACGGUGGACAGCCUGUCUCCAAGGGCAACCCAUUACUGCUGUCAGGAACUACUUUGGGGAGAAGGUGGCCUUGUACUACCUGUGGCUGGGCUGGUACACAUACCUGCUCAUCCCUCCUGCUCUCAUCGGGAUCAUCGUCUUCCUGUAUGGCCUGGCCUUCUUCAACAGCUCACCCCUCAUAAAGGAGGUGUGUGAGGCUGACACCGUCAUGUGUCCACUUUGUGACAAGAGAUGCAGAGUGUGGCAGCUGUCUGAGACCUGCACAUACGCCAAGGUCAGCCUGCUGUUCGAUAACAACGGGACAGUGCUUUUCGCCAUGUUCAUGGCGGUGUGGGCGACCCUGUUUUUGGAGUUUUGGAAGAGACACCGAGCGUCCUUCGUGUGUGAGUGGAAAGUGUCCGACUGGUGUGAGGAAGAGGAGGAACUCAUCCUGGAGAUUGUGAAUAAUGAAAACUGUGAACCCAGAAAAUAUAAGCACUCCUAUCUGCGCAGCACGCUGGUUUUGAUCUGCGUCACAGUCAUGAUUCUGGUGAUCAUUGGCCUGACACACGCCUUGGUGGUGUUCAGAGUCAUCGCUGCCGUGCUCUUGGCUGAGGGAUCAUGGGAGUUCCUGAGCAACCACUCGAACAGUGGAGCCAUGAUGCUGGGAGCCGUCCUUCAUUAUCUCAUCAUCACUGUCAUGACACGGGUAAACCGGAUUGUUGCCAUGAAGCUGUGUGAAAUAGAGGAAACCAGAUCAUUUGCAGCUACGGAGAAGAGUUUCACUGUAAAGAUGUUCACCUUCCAGUUCUUCACCUACUUCUCCUCACUCUUCUAUGUGGCCUUUUUUCUUGGCAGGAUCAAUGGUCAUCCUGGAGGAUACGUACGGAUUGCAGGGAAAUGGAGGCUGGAGGAAUGUCAUCCUAGUGGAUGUCUCACAGACUUGUUCAUCCAAAUGGCAAUUAUUAUGGUACUGAAGCAAACCAUUAGCAAUGUCUUUGAGUUCACCGGACCUUGGUUCUGCCGGUGGUUGAAAAGGAGAAGAACCAAGAAGUUGCAGAGAAAAUGUGCCCACUGUUACCUGAAGAAUGAAUCUGAGGACAAACACGGAGCUGAGAUGUGUGAUAACUGCAAGCUUCGAGACUGGCUCAGCAACUACCGCCUUAAUGAUGUCGACUCCUUCAGUUUGUUCCACGAGUUCCUGGAAAUGGUGAUCCAGUUCAGCUUUACCACCAUAUUUGUGGCCGCGUUUCCUCUUGCUCCACUUCUAGCCCUUAUCAAUAAUGUUAUUGAGAUUCGAUUGGAUGCCAUCAAGAUGGUCACUCUGGAGCGAAGGCUGGUCCCCAAGAAAACUAAUGACAUUGGUGUGUGGAUUGACGUGCUGGAGGCUAUCGGUGUCUUAGCUGUCAUUGCAAAUGGACUGGUCAUCGGCGUGUCCUCGGACUUUAUCCCUCGACUGGUGUACCGUUACCGCUAUGGCCCAUGUGCUAAUGGCACAGCAACUGAUAUUGAGUAUGAGCGCAUGCUAAAGGAACACAAAGGUGCUGGAUCUAAUGUUUUUUCCUUCUAUCAAAUGUCUACUCCAGGUGGCCUUAAUGUGUCCGAAUGCAGUUAUAAAGACUACAGAAGUAAUGAGGACUACAGUUUUACACCACAGUUCUGGCUUAUACUAGCCGUCCGGUUUGCAUUCGUCAUUCUCUUUGAGCAUGUUGUCGUCAUAUGUAAAUUCAUCGCAGCCUGGUUCGUACCCAGUGCUCCCAUGCAGGUCAAGAAUGACAGACUCUUCGACAAACUCAACAGACUGAAGGAGGAACUCAGGUGAGAGUGGGGACAUUUGUUGUUAGACUGGUACGAUGGUAGAUUUGCAUUCUGUCAUAAAGAUAUAUGACUCAUUUAUUCACAAUGAAGGUCUCGUGUCAUGCUUGGGGAUUAACCUACUCAGAUCAGUACCUACUUGGUUAACGUAUUGUCUUUGUUUACAUAUGUUCUCAUGAUUAAACACACAUACUGCACAUGUACAUUUCUGUUGGUCUUAGACAGAGGUAUCGUUGCUAAAUUCAUCUUUGUGU